UGCCAGUGCCGACGAAGACGCCGCACAACUCCCAUGGCACAAGCCUCUUCCGUCCGGCCUGAGGUUGGUAGCUGGAGUGGAGGACUCAGACCCCGCCUGCAGGGAUUCCUGCCAGGGGAAAUGUCCGGCGUGUGAGGAGAACAAGAGGCAGCUUUACGGGGAGGACAGUCACUGCGGGGGGAUCAGCAAAGCGCCAGGAGGGCCCUUCAGAGAGUGUCACCCCAGAGUGAGCCCCGACGAGUUCUUCCACAGCUGCGUCUACAACGUGUGUCUGAAUGAGGGCGACAAGAGCAUCCUGUGCCAGGCGCUGGAGGCCUACGCGGAUGCCUGCCGGGAUCACGCGGUCACUGUCUAUGACUGGAGGACGCCCUCUGGCUGUGUCCUGCCCUGCCCUGAGAACAGCCACUACGAGGCCUGUGGGAACGCCUGCCCAGCUAGCUGCUCCAACCGAACUGCCCCCUCCUCCUGUCGGGAGCCCUGUGUGGAGACCUGCCAGUGUGACAACGGUUAUGUCCUCAGCACUGGCCAGUGCGUCCCUGUGGGGAGCUGCGGAUGUGACUACAAUGGCCGAUACUACAAACCCAGUGAGGAGUUCUGGGUUGAUGAGAACUGCCGCUCUCGGUGCAGAUGUGAUCCCAGCCUGGGCACAGUGCUUUGCCAGGAAACCAGCUGCAAGAGCAAUGAGAGAUGCGUCAUUGUGAACGGUGCCCACCGAUGUAAGGCGACUACCUACUCCACCUGCAUAGGUACUGGAGACCCUCACUACACCACCUUCGAUGGGAAGAAGUAUGAUUUCCAAGGCACCUGCAUCUACCAGUUUGCGGCUCUCUGCUCCAAGGACCCCACACUCACCCCGUUCAACGUCACAGUGGAGAAUAACAACCGAGGCAGUAAGGCCGUGUCCUUCACCAAAACAGUGACCUUAGUGGUCUACGAUGUGACCAUCAGCAUGAGCCAGGAUCAUCCACGCAAGAUGCAGGUGGAUGGCGUUUUUGUGGACCUGCCCUUCUCCCACCAGCACAAGUUCAAGGCCUACAUCAGUGGCGUUCAUGGUUUCAUCAAGACCAACUUCGAUCUGAGAGUAAGCUUUGACUGGUACAGCUAUGCCAGGGUCAUCAUACCCAAUACGUACGCCAACGCCGUCUGCGGCCUCUGUGGCAAUGCCAAUCAGGACCCCAGCGACGAUCUGACCAUGAAGAAUGGAACUCAGACAUCUGAUGAGAUUCAGUUUGCCGACAGCUGGAAGGUUCGUGAUGUCCCGGGGUGCUCGUCUAGUUGCACUGGGGAUUGCUCAGUCUGCAGUGAGGCUCAGAAACAACCCUACAAGGGAGACCAGUACUGCGGGGUCCUCACCCGAGAGAACGGGCCAUUCAGGCAGUGCCACGGGGCCAUCGACCCAGCUCCCUUCUUUGAUGAUUGUGUCUUUGACACCUGCCACUACAAGGGUCAUCGUGACACUCUGUGCAGCGCAAUCAGUGCCUAUGUGACGGCCUGCCAGGCCAGGAGCAUCCGGAUAGGGCAAUGGAGAUCAGCCUCAUUCUGCAGCCUCACCUGUCCCCGGAACUCUCACUAUGAGUUCUGUGGGAGCAGCUGUCCUGCCACCUGCCACAGUCCCUCGGCUCCGGACAGAUGUGAAGAGCCCUGUGUGGAGGGAUGUUUCUGCAACGCCGGAUUCAUCUUCAGCGGAGACCGGUGCAUCUCCAUCACGCAAUGCGGCUGUGUGCACCAGGGCAGGUACUACCAGAAGGGAGAAGAGUUCUACCCCAGCGCCUCCUGCCAGGAGCGGUGCCGGUGCCAAGACAACGGGGUCAUAGAGUGCCAGGCAGCCUCCUGCGGAGCCAGUGAGGAGUGCAGGGUGGAGAGUGGAGUCCUGGGCUGCCACCCCAUGGAGUAUGGAACCUGUGUAGUCUCCGGUGACCCUCACUACGUCUCCUUUGAUGGACGGGCCUUUGACAUCCAGGGCUCCUGCACUUACACCUUAGCCAAGGUCUGCAGCAAUGACCCGCGACUGGUGGAAUUCUCCGUGGUGGUUGAGAAUGAGAGCGCUGGCCGCGUGGCUUGGACAAGGGCGGUGGUAGUCUCCGUGCAUGGUUACACCAUCUCCCUGGAGAGGGGGAGGAAGUGGAAGGUGGCGGUGGGUGGGGAGCUCUACACCCUCCCACUGACUACAGAUGAAGGGAAAAUUCAGAUCAACCAGGAAGGGAACAACAUCAUUGUCCAGUCUGCCUCUGGCCUCCAAGUCUUUUAUGACACUGCCUCCUACCUCCUAGUGUCCGUCCCCAGCACCUACAAGGGACACAUGUGUGGUCUAGCUGGCAAUUUCAAUGGUGACAAAAACGAUGACUUCCUGCUGCCCAAUGGAAAGAGCACCCAAAGUUUGAGCGAGUUUGUCGCCUCCUGGAAGGUGCCUGUUGAUGGUGCGAUGUGCUCCAAUGGCUGCGGUGAGAAAUGCCCCAUCUGUGAUGGGGCCCAGACAGCAGCGUACCAGUCUGAAAGCUCCUGUGGGCUAAUCAGAGCUACCUCAGGUCCCUUCAGAGACUGUCACUCGCAGGUCACCCCGGCCAAGUACUUCAACCACUGUCUCCAUGACAUGUGUGCUACCAACGGGACGGGAGAGACCCUCUGCCAGAGCCUCCAGGCCUACGCGGCUGCAUGCCAGACAACCGGGGCCAAGAUCAGAGCCUGGAGAACGGCCUCCUUUUGCCCCCUUGCCUGCCCGCUCAACAGCCACUAUGAACUGUGCACCAAGUCCUGUGAUUUCACCUGUGCUGGCUUGUCCGCCCCUGCUCAGUGCACCUGGAAAUGCUUCGAAGGCUGCCAGUGCAACACUGGCUACAUGUUCGAUGGGGAGGCGUGCGUGUCCAUGGACAGGUGUGGCUGCAUACACGAUGGACGCUACAUCAAGUCCAGGGAGAGUGUCAUCUCCAGUGACUGCUUAGAGAAAUGCACUUGCCACCCAUCAGGUGGGCUCAUCUGUGAGAAAAACAGCUGCCCUAUUGGAGAGAUCUGUGUGCUCAGGAAUGGGAUGCAUGGAUGCGUGAAGCAGGAAGGCCGGUGCAUAGUCGCUCCGGGUGCUUACCUCACCACCUUUGAUGGUGCCAAGGGGAAACUUCUCUACAGUGGGAUGUACAAAGUGGCCUCACUCUGUGACGAGAGCUCCCCUGCAUGGUUCAAGGUGGUUGUAGACAUCAGCGAAUGCACUAAUGACGGAAUACCAGCUGGUGCGGCCAUCUUCGUUUUUUUCCGAGACGCUCUUAUCACUGUGAACAAUAACAUGGAGACCUGGGUGAAUGGGCGCUCAGUGCAGCUCCCGGCAAAAGUCUCUGAUGCUGCAUCUGUGAUGGAGUCUGAGGGCAGCGUGGCCGUGGUCCAGGCCUCAGGGAUGCAAGUUCUGUUCAGCCCCAGUGGGGAGGUGAUGCUGAGGGUGGGCGAGAGCCUGGCUAACAAGCUGUGCGCACCCUGUGGGAACUUCAAUGGCGACAUCUCUGACGACCUGCGGCUGCCCAGCGGGCAAAUUGUGGGGAACAUCGCCGAGGUCAUCGAUGCCUGGAAGGCCAAGGAUUUUUUAGGAUGCCACGCUUCUAACGUCAUGCGAGCUGACCUAGAAGCUCCGUUGGUCCCUGCACAUUAGACGGCGCCAGGGUGGGUUUGGCCCAGGAAUUCCCACUACACACAGGGCUGGAGACAGCUGGGACUCACCGGGCCAUGCGUGUGGCUGAAACCCUGGGCUGAUGUGUACAUAGCUGUGUGAGGAAAUUGGGCGCGCCACUUUCCCCGCUUUGGCGCACACACACACACACACACACGCAUUAUCUAGCACUGUCUACCGUCAGGGUUGAAUUAUCAAAAGCAUCCAAAGGAAUUACGCACUAGAGCUGCUUGAAAUUUUUUGGCUGAAACUGCAGAAUUGGCGACACCAAAACGUUCCACAAAUUUGUGUAGAUUUUUGCCAAAUGGCUCAUUAAGAAAAAAAUCCAAGCAAAAAAACAAAGGGCUUUGUCUUGAUGUUUUCUAAAUAAAAUGUUUCAAUUUUAAUUUCAAAAAUCCCAAAACAUUUUAAAGAGAUCAAAAUUUAAAUGAAAUGGUUCAUUUGAACCCCAAACAAUUUUUGUUCAACUUUUCAAUGAGCCAAAAAUGACAAAAAGUUGCAUUUUUGGUCCAACCCGGAACAGUUUUUCCCCCCUGACUUUUCAAAAUGGUAAAUGAACCAAAAAAAUCAAUUUUGCCCAUCCCUAUUAGGCUCACAGAAUUUAAGGCCAGAAGGGACCAUUAUGAUCAUCUAGUCUGAUCUGCACAUUG